GUGCUGCGCGUGGGGAGAGUGUUGUCUUCCCUGGACAUACGGAUCCUAUGUGACAUCUAAAUUUGCUUUACAUGGAACAAGCGCAGUCACACAGUGAUCAUAGCCGAUCAACUGGUUAGUAAAGUUCUCUUAUUAAUGGUUUUUCCUCGGGUCACUCCUUUAGGAGUGUGCUAUCCACCUGCGGUCCAGUCCAGCUACACGUCUGUACCCAAAUGGAUUACAGUAACCUGAUGGCGCCUCCAGUGCCUCCCCACAAACCCAAAUCCCCCCGGCCUGCGCACUCUCAGGGGCGGCUGUUAAAGUGUGUGUUUCUCGGAGACGGAGCUGUGGGGAAAACCAGCCUUAUUGUCAGCUACACAACCAACGGAUACCCUACAAAAUACGUUCCGACAGCGUUCGACGAUUUCUCAGCGGUCGUACAGGUGGAUGGUCAGCCAGUGAGACUGCAGCUUUGUGAUACUGCCGGACAGGAUGAAUUCGAUAAGUUGCGUCACUUCUGCUAUACGCGAACUGACGUCCUCCUGCUGUGCUUCAGUGUAGUCAGCCCUGCCUCCUUCCAAAACAUUGGUGAAAAAUGGGUCCCAGAGAUUCGCCGCCGUUGUCCACUCACACCCGUGCUGCUGGUGGGCACCCAGUGUGACCUUCGGCAAGACGUCAAGGUCCUCAUCGAACUGGCACACCACCAUGAGCAACCUGUACUGGAGGAGGACGCCCACGCUUUGGCGGACAAAGUUGGCGCGGUAGCCUACGUAGAAUGCUCUGCCCUCACUCAGAAAAACCUGAAAGAGGUGUUUGACGCCGCCAUCUCUGUAGGGCUCCGACAUUCUGACAGGAGAUCCAAGAGGGAACGUAAGGUCCACAGUACUGCAGAUAAAAUGAAAAUGCUUUCAAAGUCGUGGUGGAAGAAAUACAUCUGCGUACAUUAGCAACAAUCGAAGAUUUUUCACUGAGGCAUAAACAAUGUGAUAGACCCUUGUUUGGCAUACUUCACCAUCCUUAAGUGAAUAAUAGACUGUUGAUAAGAAUCAACAAAGUAUAGCAAUGCUGCUGUAAGGUGUACACUGAGGAAAGAAUGAUGAGAACGGAGAUAUGACAUUACUACAUGGCUAUGUAUGGUACAGCAGCCAGCUUCUCUGUACCCAAGCUAGUAUGAACACUGUAUUACUCCCCAACAGCCCAACUGGAAAUUGAAGAACUCUUUUGGGCUAUUUUAAAGCCAAAUAAUCUCUGAUUAUGGAUUUAAAUAUCAUCUACCAUUUUUUUUUUUGGUAACCAAAUAUAGUGCCACAGUUUCUAUUAAUUAACCCAUGUCUUCUUCCUGAUAAAUGCAUAUAUGAAUAUUUGGGUGACCACAUGAUUAUAUAGAUUUUGCUUAUUAAACCUCUACAUAUGAGAUCACAUAGCCAGUUCUAAAGCAGUCCAGAGGCCGCCAGUAAUAUAUGUCCACUCUAAGUGAUACUCAUAUCCCAAAGCAUCAGUGGAUAGUCUGUAACUGAAUCUGCUUGUAAUCGUUUUGAUCUUUAAUGUUUGAGACUGUUUGUUCCAUCUUGAGUGUAAUUGAAACUCAACUUUGCCUUUGCAAUGUGAUGGGGUUAAAUGAAUUCUGAUGGUCUAGGAGUCUUUAGAUGUAUCAUAUCAUGCAUAAUCCAUUACCUUUAUAUGCCAUAUAAUGCAUUGCACUUGUGAUUACUUGUCAACUAUGUGUUUCAUAGUUCAGUCCUUUCACUUGUCUUGAUCUUCUCUAAUGUGCCAUGUUUUAAGCAAACUGUAAUAGAAAGUUCUUUGGCUGAGUGUCCUCCUUUUUAACCAGUGGUGAUAUGAAUGAGCAGCAAAAUGAGAUUUGUUGAAUUUGCUUCUCAUUAUUCAGAAGCCCAAUAAGUGUCAUUCAGUCAGACUUCAGCCACAAACAAUAGAGCUACAAAUGUGUUCUGGAAGUAAAAUCCCAUUCAUUUUCUCCAUUGAGAGAUUCAUUUUUAUCAAUUAAUGUAUAAACUUUUUAAGAUUGAAAUAUCAUGGGUUAAGCAGUGAGGAUAAGCGAUGGAAUUUGCUUCUGUAGAUGACAUAACUCAAUGUGAUUUCAACUUUUAAAAGUACUACACUACGCACAAUCCUCAGUUAAAACCCACCAAUCAGAGAAGUCGCUGUUACCUUGCAGGAACAAUGCUGAACAGUGAACACCCACUCCCACAAAGCAUUGUAAUAAAGUGUUAUUGAGAGCGACAGCAUCAGACUGGAAUACAUUUUUAGCGUACAAUCAAUAUAACUAAAAACAGACACAUUUUUAUAUUGUCGAAUAUUUUUGUAUAUCAGUAUCAUUUAACCAAAUAUUUAUUUAACAACAUCACCUGUACAUUCCAGGGUCUUUUUGGAUCACUAGUGAGUUGAGAACCAAUUUGUUAAAAUUAAUGUUAAGUCUUCCGACACUACACUCCCUACAGAGUCAGUAGUUUCAUAAUGUACCGACAUUGCUGAUUCAGUUAUGUAAUUUGCUAUGCUUCAUGAGAUUAGUAGUAUAUUCCCUUAUAACUGAAGUAAAGUACAUAGUCUUGUACUUUUUUGUAAUUUAUUUCCAUUACUUUUUUGCUUCAAAUCAAUGUUGUAAUGUUGUGAUUCAUUUCUGAGCUGGUUGGUUUGGUUCAAGGAUCAUAACUGCCUAUGUAGAAAAUGAAUGGGGAAAUUAAUUCCAAAACCAAAGCUACUUGAACAGUGGGCACUGUCCCUGUUGCGCUCCAUAGUCACACAUCAGGAAGUGGCUUCAGUUCAAUAUGUACAUUAUUGACACAGCGAUAACAUUAUCAGGGUAAUCUCAUUUAGAUUUGUACAUUUUAUAUGAUUGCAUUUAAUUGUCUCUCUUACUUUGCAAACACUCCUGUAAAUGGUACAUUUUCGUGUAUGAGUGUUUUGAUUGCUGACUGCUAUCCAUGAUUUUCAUGGAAAAUAAAUGUGACAUUUUAACUAAA